AAGUUCUCACGCCUCUGAGACAAAAGCGUGAGACGAGAGCGAUCCUGCGUUCUUCUUCUCCUGCAGCUUUCACCUUUUCACGUAGCUCCUCCAUCCGCACGCAGCAACGGGGAACAUUGCACAAGAUGAAGGGGAUUCUUAAGGACAAAAAACAGAAAUUUAGUUCUGUGGCCAAUGUGGAGGGGCAGAGCCACUCGAUCGGAGUGGUGCGCUGGAAAGAAGAAACGCUGCAGGGUCACAGCUCAGCUCCCAGCAGCCCUUUCAAGAGCAACAACAGCACCUCUUCACGCUCGCAGCAAAGACACCAUCAGCACAGCCUGAAAGACCUCCGCAGCCUGCAGGAGUGCAUCAACUUCCUCAACAACUGGAAACUACAGGUGGCACAAGUCUGUAAGGGAAGCGAUGGUGCUGAGGAAUGUGCUUCAGGUGCUUCAGGUCGUCAUGACGACCCUCGAACCGAGCGCAGCCUGGAGGAGAGCCGCAAACUCAUCCUGCAGUGGGCUGAUGAACUCAAGAGCGUCGACAAGGUAUCUAAAGAGAGCCCGUGGCUGCAGGAGAGGUUCAAGUGCAGUGAGGAUGAUGAGCAGAAGAAGGAGGAGCAUGCAGAAGAAGUUCAGCAGAGGGUCAUGGAGUGGGCCAAAGAGCUGCAGAGUGUCUCUGAGAGCUGUGGCAUGCUGGGAAACGAGCUGGCCCAGAUGCUCCGUCUGCUGGGGCUGAAGAAGAAGAGGCUCGUUUCUUUGAUGCCGCUGCUCGAGUUCAUCACCUGGUCCUUACUGACGGACGACAGCAAGGACGUGGUUUCUCAGCUGUGGCUUUUGGCGAAGCAGCGAUCCUGGGAAGCGGGGACACAACAGUACAUCCCCAACUCUGUGUGGAACUGGAUCACCAGCGCUUCAGUCGACGUUAUCCUUGACCCGCUGACGGCUCACCCCUGGCUGCUGCUCUCAGAAGACCAGAAGAAGGUUCAGGAAGCUCUGGAGGAAGCCGACAUGCCGUACAGCCCUCAGCGCUUCGACGGCUGGCCGUGUGUCCUGGGCUGGGCGGGCUACACUAGAGGCCGCAGCUACUGGGAAGUGGAUUUAGCAAACAACGGCUACUGGAGAGUCGGAGUCACUACCGCGACGUCUAAGAGGCAAGGCCGCUUCCCCAUGAAGCCUUCGAAAGGAUACUGGACGCUGUGGAGGAGUACACGACAGUUCUACGCCUGCACGGACCCCGAGACACCGCUGCCUCUCAUGCUGGUGCCCAAGAAGAUGGGAAUAUACAUCGACUACGAGGAGGGCCAGAUCUCUUUCUACAACGUGGAGAACAAAUCACACAUCUUCACCUUCACGGGGCAUUUCCGCGGGAAGCUCUACCCUCUCUUCGCCCCGCUGGACGGCAGGACUGUCAUGACCUUAUCCUCUCCUGAAGACAACGGCGCUAAAUGAAGCACUUCUUUUCCGUCAGACUGAACACUUGCACUUAAUUCGGCAUAGAUUAUAACAGAGUAGCAUUAUUUAAUAUAUUUAUGACGUAUUGUAUAGCACUGUACUGUAGUCUUUCUAUCUGUGUUCAUUUAGUACUGUAAUUUGCUGCUAAACCGCACUUUAUUUCACACAGAUUAUGUCUUCAGCAUGUUUUCUUAUUAUAUCCAUAGAAAUCUUUUGAAAAAAAAUCAUAUUUUUCCUAGCAGAGGAGAACUGAUAAUUUUGUUUUUUAUUAGAAAUCUGUUUGCUUUCUUAUCAACCAAUAGCAUUUCAGUGCAUAUUAUCA